GCAACACGUCGUCUAGUAGUAGGCAGACUUUGUACCCCAAUAUCCAGCCGGCAGGAGUUCAUUCUCUGCACGCAGGGCUCACAGCAUGGCGAUUGAAUUUGCCUCGCGGUCCAUUCCCUUAAAACGGAGGCUGCAGACGGUGUCCGUGCUCCAGUGGGUGUAUUCCUUCCUGGCUCUGGCGCAGACCUGCAUCGUCCUGUUCUUUGCUCUUCUCUUCACCCGGUUCUGGGUCAUCAGUGUCCUGUAUGCGGUGUGGUGGUUCAUAGACUGGGACACCCCCAGCCAGGGGGGCAGGAAGAGUCCCUGGCUGCAGAAGAGUGUGGUUUGGAGAUACCUCAGGGAUUAUUUCCCUAUAAAGUUGAUUAAAACAGCAGAUUUGGAUCCAAGUAAGAACUAUAUUAUUGGCGUCCAUCCACAUGGGGUCCUCAUCGCCGGAGGUUUCACAAACUUCUGCACAGAGGCCACCGGAUUUUCUGACUUGUACCCGGGAAUUAAUCCGUACCUCCUGAUGUUACCACUUUGGUUCCGGGCGCCAUUUUUCAGGGACUACAUAAUGUGCGGCGGAUUGAUCCCGUCUGACAAGGAAAGCGCUUCCUACGUGCUGAGACAAAAGAAAAGUGGAACCGCGUUAGUCAUCGCAGUGGGCGGAGCCCCGGAAGCCUUGGAUGCUCGACCUGGGGCUUGUACCAUAUUGCUGAAAAACAGGAAAGGAUUUAUUAGACUUGCCAUCGAAAAUGGGGCUCACCUUGUUCCAGCUUUUUCUUUCGGAGAAAACGACCUCUUUGACCAAGUGGACAACCCGAGAGGAUCACUGCUAAGAGCAAUCCAGCAGAAGCUCCAAAAAGUCAUGGGGGUGGCCCUACCUCUGUUCCACGCCCGGGGGGUCUUCCAGUACAGCUUUGGCCUAAUACCAUAUAGAAAGCCGAUCAACACAGUUGUUGGGAAGCCAAUUCCAGUGACGGAAAAUCCGCACCCAUCCAAGGAGGAGGUGGACCUCCUGCACAAGCUCUACACGGAGAAGCUCUCGGAACUCUUCGAGGAAAACAAAGCCCAUUAUAACGUACCGGCCGAGCGACACCUGACCAUCGUAUAGUGACCUCUCCCCGUGGACACUGUGAUUCCUGCUCAUUAAUGUGACCCUAAUUACCGCAUUCAUAAUGACCUCCGAUAAUUAUCCAAAAGUCAUGAAAAACAAAGUAACAAAUUUCACAAGAAAUUCCUAAUAUUUACAAGAUUUUUUUUUUAUUAUUAGAUUCCGAUACUUUUUUAAAGAAAUAAAAAUAUUUUUAACUAA